UCAGUUAAUCUGAGUCGUUUGUCGUUCGCACCUGAACUAACACAGACCACGAUGAACUCGCUGGUGGUGUUGUUUUCCGUGAUGGCGCUGGCCUCCGCCAAACCCUCAGGCUUGCUAGCUCCCGCACCACUGACGUACUCGGCGCCGGUGCUAACCGCCGCGCCUGCCGCCGUCUCCAGCCAGUCUCGCCUCGACAUCAAGUCCUCGCCAGCCGUUGUCAGCACUUCAUACGCCGCUGCUCCUGUAGCCUAUGCCGCAGCGGCUCCCAUUGCUCCCGUGGCUUACACCGCACCCGUAUCUGCCGCAGCCCUUGCGCCCGCUGCCGUCUCACACCAAUCCCGCAUUGACAUCAAGUCAUCCCCGGCCAUAGUUACUACUUCUUACGCGGCUCCCAUUGCCGCUGCGGCCCCCAUCGCGUACAGCGCUCCUGUUGCUUAUUCUGCGCCAGUGGCAGCUGCGGCCAUCGCUCCUGCCGCUGUCUCCCACCAGUCCCGUGUCGACAUCAAGUCAUCUCCGGCUGUCGUUAGUACUUCUUACGCCGCUGCUCCCGUCGCCUACGCUGCUGCUGCCCCCAUCGCCUACAGUUCCCCGCUGAUCAAGACCGCGGCUGUCGCUACACCCGUCAUCGCUACUACUGGCUACGCGGCGCCCAUCGCUACUGCCGCGAUCGCGCCUUCUUUGCCCUUGGAUACCCCUGAGGUGAUUGCCGCCCGUGCUGCGCACUUCGAGGCCCACGCCCUCGCCAGUGCGCACCUGAUCAAGAAGCGCUCAGCACCGGUGUUCGCCGCCCCGAUCGUGUCCACGUACUCCGCGCCGAUCGCCUACUCCGCGCCCAUUGCUCCCGUGACGUCAUACGCCUCCUACACCCCCCUCACCUACUCUUCGCCCCUCAUCACCAAGGCGUACAGCGUGCACCCCUGGUGAGCGCCAUCAUGGUAACGAGGAUUUAUUCGCCUCGGUUCAGCAACAUCGGACGACAAUCAUUAACUCAUUAAUAAAUAAAAUAGAACAAUCAAA